AUGUCGCUUCUUGGAAAAGUAGUGGCUAUUGAUGCGCAAGGUGCAUCCGCCCUCGCCGGCGAGGUAAGCGCACAAGUCACGUCGCAGUGGAAAUCGAGCCGUGCAAACAGCAAAAAGAGUGGAGAGUUGCGGAUGCUCUAUCCCAGCGAUUCUGUUCCGAUUGCCGCUGUUGCGCUUGGUGAGCAAAAACCCGCGGCGACGACCGCCCCCGACGCACUUCCCAGCGCCGAGACGGCACUGCGGAAUGAGCGUAUGGAGCAUGCGCGCCUCGAUGCGGCCAAAGGUGUGCGUGCGAUCCGCAACCUGGCCAAUGGCGAAAAAGGUGCCGUUGAAGUGGACGCCUUUGCUAGCCCCCACGCUGCUGCUGAAGGCGCCAAUCUCGGGCUCUGGAUGGUGAAUCAGUGCAAGACUCGUGGAGAUGCGCCUGCAUGGAAACAGGCAGAGUCGCUCCAGGGUGGUAAGCACAUUACCGCGCUUCCCCUCGGCGGAGCGUCCACCGAGGCGGAGUGGAAGGCGAUGCGCGAUCCCAACGAUCCGCUGCAGCACACUGGCACGCCGCUGAAUUGGUGGACUGGGGAUGUGUACGCGCGUGCGCAAAACUUUUCGCGGGAGCUGCAGGAGCUCCCCUCCAACUUGCUGACCCCCACCGUGUUUGCCGAGCGGAUUGCGCGUGCCUUUAAGCAUGUCCCCAACACCGAGGUCAUUGUGCGCGAUGCGGACUGGGUGCGCAAAGAAAACAUGAACCUUUUCCUUUCGGUCGCACAGGGCAGCGACCAGCCGCUCAAGUUUGUCGAGAUUCUCUACCACGGCGCGCCGGAAAAAGACGCAGCGCCGCUCGCGCUCGUCGGCAAAGGCAUCACCUUUGACACGGGCGGUAUCAGUAUCAAGCCGAGUGCUGGGAUGGAUUUGAUGCGCGCAGACAUGGGCGGUGCAGCCGCUGUUGUCAGCACCACGCUCGCGAUUGCACAGCUUGGCCUGCCGAUCAACGUGGUGACUGCCACGCCGCUCACCGAAAACAUGCCGAGCGGCCGCGCGACCAAGCCAGGCGACAUUUUCGAAGCGCGCAAUGGCCUCACCGUUCAAGUCGACAACACCGACGCCGAGGGCCGUCUUGUGCUUGCGGAUGCGAUUUCCUACGUCAGCGACACGUACAAGCCACACACGCUGAUCGACAUUGCGACGCUUACCGGUGCGUGUGUCAUUGCCCUCGGCGAUGUGUACUCGGGCGUCUUUACCGAAUGCGAAGCACUUUGGCAAGCGCUCAAGACAGCGGGCGAGGCAGAGCACGAUCCGUACUGGCGCAUGCCGCUCACUGACAGGUUCCUUCCUCAGAUCUCCAAGUCGAAUGCAGACCUUGUCAAUACGGGCGGCCGUCCUGCAGGUUCGUGCACCGCUGCCAUUUUUUUGAAGCAGUUUGUCACGGGCCUGGAAAACAGGGCCAAAGGCAUCGCGCCCUCGAUCCAGUACGCGCACAUUGACAUUGCCGGCUCUAUGGAGGCUGCCGUGAACACGCUGAACGACUACCAGGGCCAAGGCAUUACUGGACGUCCAGUGCGUGCAAUGAUUGAAUUUGCGCGUCGUGUCGCGUACGAGUAG